AUGGCUGCCCCCAUUCUUACGCCGGGCCAGGCCUAUGGUGAGCCUGUCUGUCGUCCCAAGCUGCAGGGCAGGCCUCCUCUUGCCUUCUAUUUGUUUCCUCCGGCAGAUGGAGAGUGUCUUUUUACUUUGAGCGACGAGAUCAAGGCCCCUCGUGUAUUUGAUCGCAAAAAAAAUCCGAUUCUCCCUCUCGAUAUUCCGACCUGGAGCCCCCUCGAGAUCCAGCUCGAGGCAAACAAGAUUCGCACCAAGCAUCCCCAUCUUGCUCGUCUCGUUCAGUGGCCCAGCUCCUGGCACUAUCUUUACAAGUACUUCGACUCUGUUGACCUCUGGACCAAGGGAGCCUGGAAUCUGCUUGCUCUUCUCGAGCAUCUUGCCGAAGAGAACGAAAAGGCCGACAAGGAGGCCGGUUACGUUUACGAGGACAGCGCAAAGUCGACCAAUUUUGAUGUUGUCGAUGACUGGGUUUGGAAAUGGUGCUCUUGGGAAGAGAACCGCGAUCUUCUGAGCACUUGGGAUCGCCGCACCGACAUCCUGAACCUUCUCAAUGCCGCCCAUUGGACAAGCAUCGGGCCCAUCUCCCCCGAAGACAAGGACAAAUUGCGUAACUGCCUGCUCUACUGGCAUGCCAUGUAUUUCAGCCAUGAUCCGCGCUCUCUUCCCGCCGACUAUCUGGAUAACCUUCCUCAGCUCGACAGAAAUGGCGACGAUAUCACGGGCACUACACCCACUACUGCUGCACCGGCUCAGACAGUGAAUGUGACAGACAAAUCGUCCGAUGCCGAAACUGCCGUUCCUGAACCUACUGUUUCUUCUAUCGCCAAUGAUGAUGCUUCGAAUUUGGCUGUCAUCCCUACCACGGAUUCUGCGGCCGAGGACGGUCAGACUACUCAGCAGGCGGUCAUCAUUGCGCCUCGUUCUGAUAUCGUCAUUGUCAACGGAAGCAACUACAAGAAGUCAGUUGGUGCGUCCGCGCUUGCCUCUAUGCGGAACUCGGCCUCUCCUGAGGCCCGAAUCGGUCAUCGCGCUUCCAAGUCCGGCCCUGUUCCUACCGAUCGCUCUCUGGCGACCCAAGCCGCCAGCAUCAUGGCUCCUGGACCUUCCCGUCUCCCUAUUCGUCACCAGCAGCCACAUCAAUCUGAGAAGCACGCCCAGCGGGCGGAGAAAUCGCAGGCACAGUCCCCUCAAAAGUCCGUCAUGGCCACACCACCCAUGGGGCCCUCCAACAUCAACAUGCAUCGUGGGGCAGAUUUGAUCCAGCAGCGUUGCUCUAACGCCCAUAAGAGGCAGAGCGACACAGAAGUCUACCUCGCCUGCGACUGCAACCGGUGCAUGACGGCUUCUCGCUCGAUCCAUGUGCGGCGCAUCUCUUCAGGAUCAAGCAAUUUGAGCAAGGAGCAAAUCGAGACUAUUCUCACCAACUACUUCAGCACCUGGGGCCACGUCGAGGCUGUCGUCGCCAAAACGAAGGUUAUCGACAACAGGAGGAGCUGCUAUGCCAACGUUCGGUUUACCAGCGAGAAGAGCGCUCUUAUCGCCGUAGCCAACGCUAACGACCGGCCCCUUGAGCCAUUAAGCAAGUGUGCGUCCGUGUCACACCCGUACUUCUCUAAAUGGUUUAUUCCUGCCCCGAUGCGAUCCCCGUUCAGGAAGUUCCGCGAGCGAAACGACUCGACAACGACCAGGACGACCUGGCAAUCAUCCCCGAAGACCAGCAGCCCCGGUAGCAGCGGGCCCCGGAACUCUUGGAACACACCGCCCCGCGGAAGUCGUGGCAUGAUGCCUGUCGCGACGCCCAGCAGCGCUCGUUCGAUCACUGUACCGCAUCAGUUUCAGGGCAACGUGCCACCUGUGCACUUCUUUGCCCCCUCGGGACAUUACUCGCGGCCUGUCGAUGUUCCAUAUGGCCCUUUCUACCACCAGCUCCCCCCAAACCUUCACCAGAUGACCCAUGGUGCACCGCCUGCGCAGGCCUGGGCUGACAUGCGGCUACAGCCCGGUUUUGUGCAUUCGCAGACUCCUUUCCAGCCAAAUCCAUCACUGAUGGGUCCUCCCAGGUCUCUUCCCAGCAAUCAGGACGUUAUGCCGGUCGUCCGGCACAUCUUCCGUCAAAACGAACUGACUGUGACUGAGGAAGCUGUUUCAACUGUGAGUGACUCAGCUUGCAACGAGCGCUCCUCUUACGGUCAAACUAAGAACGGUGAAGCGAAUGACAUGCAGACGAGGCCUUCGAUUGAGGAUGACCUUGCCAACGAUCUGUAUGGGCCAAAGCCGACCAAGUCCUCUUCGUCAAAACCUGGAUCAGCGAUUUCUGUCCGUCUACCAAGCAUGUCUCCCACUAGGGCUUCUUCUCCGGCUAAUAUGGAACCCGAGACCACUUCCAGUAAUGAGAAUAAAGAUAUACAGGAUGGCAAGGACGACGGGAAGGCCAAAAAAAGUCCAGAUCUUUCUAUCUAUUGCGAGGGGGAGCCUGUCCAAGCCUCAACCAAGGAAGAAUCACCUGCCUCUCCAGAGGAGGAUAACUCUGACCAGGCAAUCCAGCGUAAUGAUGAGGCGAAGGAAUUGCCGAGUGCUAGUGCUACUGCCGGCCAGGAUAGGUCCUCCGAUGGUCACCUCAACGGCAACAACUCGCCCAAGAACCCUUCGGCACUCAGCCGCUCGGGCAGCAGGAAUAGCGUUCGCUACUCUUCUCGUUUUGAUGUCGGGGACAUCCGCCUUGAAGAAGGCUUCUCGGAGACAGUGAUUCACCGCCCUAACCGUCGACAGAACAUCUUUGCCGAGUGGAUGCCCACUGGAGAGGACGGUUAUGAGCACCUGAGUGAUGGCCCCAACAAUACCAACAGCCGACCUAGCCGCAACGAUCGUCGUAUUUAUCAACAUGGCAACUACCACAGGAAGCGGAAGAUUCCGUUCUCUGCUGCCCAGUAUCGAAAUGCAGCUGGUGAUAAUCUCGCUGCAACCCAUGUUUCGACUCCGCCUGUGCUUGCUCCUGUACCGUUGGUCAACCCCUUGAAUAAGAACAAACACCAUCAUAAGAAGUCGUCAGUCUCAAACGCGGGGGCUACGACAAAUGGUGGUGCUCAGGCGUCUACUUCCACUAUUGUGGUAACCUCGGAGUUUCAGGAACAGGGUGCGCGACGCCUUGACCAGCAACCAUGCAACGAGCAGAAGAGCAGCAAUAAUGCAAUCACCGCCAACAACCCAAGGACGAAUGUCAAUGGCCCGACCAAAUCUAAAAGGAAUAAGCGCAAGGCUGCCACCGCCGCAGCUGCUGCAGUAGCCUUGACUGGUAGUGUGGGCAUGAACGGUGCCAAUGGCUCGUCCACUUCUACCAACACGACUGCCGCCAAGGCCAACGGCAACACGCCCACCACGACUUCUACAUCCGUCACUACUCCGGCUGCGCAUGGUACCACAGCCAAGCCCACUAACGGGACCGCCGAAAGCCCGAGUUCUGAAUCCUCUCGCGCGGCGACUCCCGCAAUUUCAGAUUCGAGCGUCACCAUCUCGGCCUCUCCUCGCGAGGUCCCAGCCCCGACCCGCGCUCGCUCUCGGGCGGGUGUGAGAGCUAGCUCUACAGCAGCCAACGACACCACCGUCCCCUCUUCUGUGCCAACCGUGAGCGCACAAUCCACUACUACUGCUUGCACUCCUACUUCUACUUCUAGUGCUCUUGCUCCUGCACCUCCUGUUCGGGUGCCUUCCUACUCAGAGGUCGUCGCCUCCGGUGUGACAAAGAGCAAGAACGGAAACAAUGCAGCUGUUUUCAAGGGGCAAGGGGAAGGCGGUGAAGAAGAAGAGAGAGGCGGACUCUGCACAAGCGAAGCAAUUGCAAACAGAGUAAAGGCCUGA